AUGCCUCCCCCUAAAAUGGGUUACGUCGAUAUGCAGAAUGUCCGAGCUAUCUGGCAGACCAUGCGCUUCGUUCCUUCCCACAUCGUUCUUGGCAACUUGGGCACUGGCUGCUCUUCGAUGCUCUUGUACUCGGAAUCUGUAUCUGCAUCCUUUACGUCACCUCAUCUGCCCCAUCCCACCAACCCGAACCACUGGUAUCUCGUCCUCGGGCUCAGCAACGGACUACGCCUUCGGAUGGAAAUCGUCCCGUCUGUUGGAACUCUUGCUAUUGUCAAAGUAGAUCCGCUUCCGGCCAGCUUCUCGAGGACUAGUGCAAAUCCACACAACGGCAUGUCGCUUGUGCUCGAGCUGCAAGAUCCGCGCACGACACUCAUGGACAUCUUCCACAUCAUGAUCACCAACGGCUUGCAUCAAUACGGCUUCACGGCUGGUGGCCGCGGCCAUCGACACUGGAUUCGAACGAUCGUUUACCACCUCGAGGAUGCGGGUGUUCUCGAGCAAGACAGUUUGGCUUCCGUCGACAGCAUUAUUUAUCAAGUGUGGUGGAAGGGAACUUCUCUGGGCACGUCCCCUGUUAUUCCCGGCGCGUUCUAUUCAUGCUUUGGGUGCGAGGCCGCUGCACGCCGCUUCUGUGACCAUGAGCAAACGUAUCCGUGGGCGAUGAGUGGCAUGCGUCGUCGACAGCACGGAUUUGCCUGA